AUGUCCGAUCCAUCGAUUGCUCGUUUACCAGUACGUGAUAAUAUUAAACGACGAAUUAGAAUGUUGCGACAUAAUAAUCAAGUGGUGAAAGAACCAAAUGAUCCAAACUUUUCUUCUGUUCCUAUUCAAUUGAUCAAAACCGCACGUAAAGAUCAGUUUCUUCGCUGUGAUACAGGACCAGGGGAGGAUCGGAUCCUGAUAUUCGCAAGUGAUGAACAAGUAGAUGUUUUGCAAGAUACGGAAAAAUUUCUCGUGGACGGAACAUUUAAAGUAGUUCCUGACAUAUUUUAUCAGUUAUAUAUCAUCCAUGGUAUAUUUCGUGAUCAUGCAAUCCUAUUGAUUUACGUUUUAUUACGUCGAAAAACUACGGAAACAUAUCAGCAUCUUAUCCGUGAAAUACUCAACAUUGCGCAUCGUUGGUCUCCACGUGCUAUUAUGCUCGACUUUGAACAAGCUUCGUUUGGUGCUUUCCAAGCAACGUUUCCUAAUGUAUCAUUAUCCGGAUGUUAUUUUCAUUUAAGACAGAGUAGUCAGCGGAAACUUCAGGGAUUGGGACAUCAAAAUCAAUAUCAAACAGAUUCGAUCUUUGCACAUAACAUUCACAAGACAGCUGCCUUGGCAUUUUUCGAACCAAAUUCUGUCGUCAAUGGAUUCGAACGUUUAUCAAUGGAACUCGGUCAUGAUUAUGAUGAAAUAAUGGACUACUUCGAAGGAACGUACAUUGGUAAUUAA